UGUGAACAAGGUAUCGUUAAGUCCUAAAAGUCCUUCAGCUAUAAGGUUUUUUUGGGAUCGACAAGUAAAUAAUACGAACACCCUACCAGUUAAUUCGGUAUUCUCUUAUACAUUAAGGGUUCAGAACACUGUCAAUGUACGACAUUAAGAAAACAUUUGCUAUCUACACGAAGUGAAGGAUCAGUGACUGGAGAUGAAGGUUGGCACAGCCCUUACCAUAUACAUGUUAGGGCUUGUACAAGAAGGUUUAGGGCGCUACAAGUACUGGAAGCCGGCGUCUGUAGACCUUGCCCUGUUGUUCACUUUUAGUGGUCAAAACAGCUCUGGCGUUCUUACGUCCCAAAUGCGAUGCUGGAACUGGGCUACUGCAAAGGACUGGACUUUCCUGGCCUGUUACACCCCUCUCACCGACGGCUCAGGAAACUGCUCACUAUGGGAUGACAAACCCAUCAAGAAUGGGCUGGUCAACCUCACGGUCGCCCCAGGAUCAAACAACUGCAUGGCUGUCUUCAAAACUGACGUCUGCGUCCUGCCGGGAAAUUCGCUCAUGGAGAUUGGAGAUACGAAGACCAACUCGCUUUGUCCAAAUUUGAAGGACGUAUGCCUGCCCAGUGGGAUGGUGGACCUGAACAGAGCAGCUGCGCCUCAGAGCUGCACUGCACCCUUCAAUGUCUCCGGUGACUUGUGUCUGAUGACGACGCCUGUGGGGGCUUCUUGGUGUCGAGUACGCCAAUUGUGCCUGAUGAAUGGAGCAGACCUCGCCUUUGCGCGCUCCGACCAAGAAUUCCAACAUUUGCAAGCGUUCUUUGUUGCUUUUGGACGGACCAGCAAUAACAUGUGGCUGGGCAGCAACAAGCUCGAUGGACAGUGGGUGUGGCUCAACAGCUACAGGAACCCGUACACCUUGCCAGACUGGUAUCCUGGACAACCCGACGGUUACAAUUGUGCAGUUUUCUACUCUUCUGCUGCGCAGCUCGCCGACACAAACUGCCCUAACGUGUAUCUCGGUAUGUGCAGGGCAAUGGUUGCUCCGUAGAGGCGGCGAUCCAUCAUGGAUUGAGACUGCUACGCACUAAACAUAUACUAAGGAUAAGGGAGCUAACGAUGUAGCGCUGACAUUGGGCUUGCGCUGAUUUUAGUCAAGCG